AUGGCGUCUACACAUCGCAACCGUGGCUCAGAGGUGCUGCUUGCCUAUGCCAGCCCGUCUAUCUGCCCCCCAUCGUCGGAAUCUGAUACCUCGCCCAUAUCCCCGUUUCGAGACGGCAGACGUCGUAAAAACCGCGACUCCAGCGAAGAUUCAGACAGUGUAGAGCUUCCAGAUGGGCUCAUCAAUGAAGAUCUUCGGGCCGGAGGGCCGUAUCUAUGUGCGAUCCCAACUCGCAGCGUCUCGCUUAGAGGAACUCCUAUUUUCAAUCAGAUUGAGCACCGUAUGCAGCAUCUUGUCCAGAAAAUCUCCCAGAUUCUUCACUCGUAUAGGAUCACUACCGAAGCGCUCGAUAUAUGCGGCAGAAUCUCCAGGAUUGACCCGGAACCGGCAGUCAUCCCAACAGUUUUCGUUGUGACACCGGCCCGUUCAAUAAUAGAUAGCAAGUGGGUUGAUGCUUGUCGACAACUCCUGGACUUCUUCAGGAAGGAAGCAUUGCCACAAUUCUCUGUCGAGAUUGCUUGUAGGCGGGCCUUCGAGUCACCGUGUUAUUUCCCAGUGAAACGUACAGAUGCGAUCUAUCCAGUUUGGCAUCAGGUUCUUGACUGUAUCUUCAAGGACGUUGAGCUCACUGGUGUCAACGCUAUUGAAUGUUUUCGCGUGGGGUAUAACGUCAACCAGGAUGAGAGUCAGCCAACGAUCGUCGUAUCCGUGAACAGGCGAUUGAGCAGAAAUUGGAAGUAUAUACGCGAAAGGAUCGUCAAUAUUAUCAACAGCAUGAGUCUCUGGAGCGUUGGGGUUAGCAUAGGACCUGGUGAGGUAUUGAGACAGAUCGCAUUCCCUCUCGAUGGAUUCAAGGCAGAGGCGCAAGCAGGACUCAAUCUUGGGGUCCACAGGUCCGAGAAAUCCGCCGGUACCUUGUCCGGUUGGAUUGAAAUCGAACAUCCUCGGACAAAGCGGUGGCAGAAGCUCGCUCUUACCUGCUUUCACUGCGUCGAUCCUGGGAUGGACUCUGUCCACUCUUCCCAACAGAACCGACUGAAAUUCUGGCAAACCAAUGGUAUACAGCCUGAAGACCCGCACGCAAAGACCGUUCUCCGCGUUGAUCAGCCCUCAGAGAAGGACAUCAAAGCUGGUCUAGAGGAACUCGAUCACAGGAUACAGGUCAUAGCGAAGGACCCCAAAUAUCUGCGCUUCAAGAAUGCCCUGGACACCACGGGAUUUCUCAUUCCCCCGGACAGGUCAUCUUACAAUGCAAUGAAAGCGCAGAAGGAGAAAUACGAGAGAGAGAAGCAGCACAUUCUAAACUUCAAGUCCCACAAUGAGCAUGAACUGGGAUAUGUGUUUAGCGCCUCUGGGUACAGGGAAGAGAGGGUUGCUACAGUCAAGCACCCGUCUGAAAAUUCAAUACUCGAUUGGGCCUUGAUCAAGCCGAUGCCAUCUCGAACUGGCAGCACCAACGAUAUUCUCGGAUAUGGCACUCCUACCGUCGGAUUGCCGGAGCGUCUGAUUCUCACCGAGACGAUGGGACCAGACAUGUCAGAGAUAACUACCGUCUUCAAGGCGGGACGUUCGACGGGGUAUACGCAGGGCACCUACAACGGUCUGGAAUCAGCUGUUAUAGCAGAUAAGAUCGUGAAUGGCCAGACGGUCCGUACCCGUACGUUGGAGCAUGCCGUGUGUGGACGCCAUGGACAAUGGUUCGGUGACCGAGGUGACUCGGGAUCAUUCGUGUUCACCUACAGUGGGACAGUCAUUGGGAUGAUCUUCGGAGGGAAUACUGACAGAGCUAUCUCCUAUUUCACUCACAUUGUCGAUAUCUUCAAUGAUAUCAAGAAGAUCACAGGGGCCAGCAAUGUGAGGAUCUUCGGGGAUAUCUAAGAUGCCGUCAAUCUGUGAUUGGUUUGAUGGCAGCAGGUUGUGCUUUUCGGUUUAACUCGGGUGGCUUCUUUAGGUUUCAUAAUCAUAUGUACCUAGGUAGAGGAAUGCAAUUUCGGGG